AUGGACGCUGAAUCUUCACUUAACUCUACCGAUCUUAAAAUUGACUCAACGAAAGAAGACGUGCCCACCGAUACUUCUGCAACUUCUUCCUCGGGCUAUUCUAUAAAUCCUUUACAGGUUCAACUGCAAACUGAGCAGCUCAAUUCUCGAGAGUCUACUUCAAACAAAACCACCAUUUCCAACCCUUCUAACUUAAUCAGUGUUAGUACAACCCCUUCUCAAGUUCCAGAGAUAAAUACUUCACCACCUGGUGAGUUGACACCUCAAAAUAUGAAUUUUUCUUCCCAAGAUAUAAAUUUGUUGACUCCUAAUCUCAACAGAACAAUAUCUAGUUCCCCGACUCUGUCACCAGUUAAUUAUAAUUCUGAUUCUAGUAAUUUAGCUUCUCCUUCUACUCCUCUUUCAUCACAAAAAGGUAGCCCAACUUCAGGUUUAUACAAUUCGUUUACUUUAAAUUCUCAAGAACAACAAACUACUACCGGACAGCCACAAAGUCCUAGUCCUGUAAAAGCAAAACCAUAUGCUUGCACAGAGUGUAAUCAAACAUUUAGUCGACAACAUAAUCUUAAAUCACAUGCAUUGACUCAUUCUCAAGAAAAACCUUUUCAGUGUGAGGUAUGUCAACACUUUUUUCGUCGACACCACGAUUUAAAAAGACACGCGAAAUUACACACAGGUGAAAAGCCAUAUCAAUGUCCUCAUUGCAAGAGAAGCUUUGCCAGAUUAGAUGCUUUGAACAGACAUUUACGCGCGGAAAGCUUCUGUGGUGGACCACAAAAAAAGCUCUAUCAAACAUCAACGAAUGGACAAAAACUCUCACAACAAAAAACCGAACAGAAAGUUGAACAACCGCAAAAAAUACAAUCUCAGCCUCAGCAACAACAGCCACUUCCACCGCCACAACAAAAGAAAAAACAGAUCGAUAAGAAUCUUGUAUUAAAUGUAGAAUCGCAAGUAAAUAAAUCACCGACAUUACAAUCAGAAUCUUUGAGACAGUCACAAGAAAAUUUUCAAGAGCAAUUUAAACAUUGGCAUCAACAAAUUCAGAUGCAAAAAUCGCCUUCAAAUCUUAAUAAUUCGACUCGAAUUGGGCAAAUCGUUUUUCCUGUUGACUCUGUCACGAAAGCCACAUCUGCUAAUAUUCAACGUUAUUCCAUUCAAUAUGCUCAAGAUUCUCAACAAAGAAUUGUUGAUGAUCCAAUUAAAAUAGAUCCAGAUGUUGAUACUAUUAUAAUUAAUCGUAGAACAACUGCGAUGUCUCAAUUAGAAAUACAAUUGAAGGAACGUAAUGAUUACCUUGAAGACCGUGUACGUCAACUUGAAAAUGAGGUAAUUAAUGAGCGUAAAUUGCGUAAUCGACGUGAAUUACUUGAAGAGCAAGUAAGAAAACUUGAGAUUGAGAAAAAUCUCCUUAAAUCUCUCUUGCUUGAGAGAAGCAACCGAGGGCCUACUGAUUUAGGUCCCACUGGGGGUCCUGGAGGGGGGUAUGAUGUUUCAUCUAUAGAGUUGGCAAAACGAUCAGAUAAAAAACGAAAAGCGUCGUACCUUGGUGAUCUUUCUAGUUCCCCAAAACAUCAAAAAGAUUACGAUGGUGCUGCUGUAAUUCCACAAUCCGCACAAUAA